UUGUAGCCAUGGACACCCGCUAACACCACUGAUAUCCUAGUGGAUUAGCAUAUAACCUACACGUUCGGUUUGGCCUAGCGAAUUUUUAGAAUGUAUUGUUAUAAUAUUAUAGUAUAGAAUUGUGGAGUAAUAAUGUAUCGCAGUAGUUGUAACAGUAUAAUAUGCUUGGAAUAUAAUACUCGAAGUAAAUGAGUAUUAAACAUGUCGGUUAAUUUUAUUUGAUCAUCUUCAAGGACCAUAUCGAUUCUUUUGUUUCAAUCAUAGUAAAAUGAACACAUAACGGUUUUUUGAUGCGAGUUCUACACACACAGUAUUUGAAAUCGUUCUGUGUAUUAAAAGGAAACAAUUUGAAUGCGUAAUAGGUUAACAUUUUCUUUAAAUGAUACUCGAUUAGAUAUUAUAGAAUAACCUAUUAUACCGCCAGAUAUAACCAAGGAUAUGAGUGAUUCAGCUUGUGAAAACGAUGAGUGGAUGGACUUUCUUAGUGAAUUUACAAAGCCUUUAGAGUCUGUUCAAAAUGAUGAGGGUGAAGAUGAUCCUGAGUAUAAUGUUCUUAGCGAUGAUGAUUUUACUAAUGCCGAUAAAGAAGAAUUUCGUAUUGAUAAAUCAGUUAAGGUCACUCGUGAAGAGUAUAAUGAUUUAAUGAAUGAAUUGAACGAAUUUACUGAUAGCUUCCUUGAAUUCAAUGGUGUAGACAAAUUUGAAACUAAUACCAAUAUCAAAGAAACUGCUAAUGAUAAAAAUAAUGAUAAAGCUAAAAAUGAUACUGAAUCUAUUCCUGCUUAUGCCUGUAUUCCAAAUAACUAUUCAGAUGGGAAAUCAAGCACUAAUUUAUCUUUUCAUAAUAAAAAUGCUGUUAAAUGUACACAUUUUACUUUAUCUAAUCCAGUGUUUAUGUUAAAUUAUUGUAAUGGGAAAUCAAGUACUAAUUGCUCUACAAAUAAUUAUGCAGAACCAAUAGAAGUGGCUAGAUAUAAUACACAAAUAGAUAAACAAUUUAAUGUUUCAGAGUUUAACGAUAGUCUACUUAGUAUUAAUGAACAUCUUGAAAAACAUAGCUGUAUACAUCCUCCUUUACCAACAUUUAAAGAAAAUGUUCAGUUAGGUACUAAAGAGCAUAACAAUAGUCAUGAAGAUGUUUCUGUGAUAACAAAUAUAGUUCCUCAAUAUGUAUAUAUAAGCAAUCAAGUAAACAUAAUGACACAAAAACAAAUAAUUUUAUUUAAACAACAACUCACACAACAUGUCCAAUUAAUAACUCAAAAUUACUUGUUAUGCACAAUGUUAAAAAAGUUCCAAAUUAAUUGCAGAAAGUAUAAAAUUAUGUUGGAACUAAUUAAAGAUAUUUGUAAAGAUAAAAAAUAUGCACCAAUUAACACACAUUCUGCUUUAAAGUUUAUUCGAGAUUGGACUGAAUUUAAAACCAGUGAGAAUGAUAUUAAUAGUGACUAUGUUCUACUACCAUUACAUGUGGAAGAGUUUAUGCUAUAUUACGAUGAACCUGUAUUUAUCUAUCCUCAAUUAUUACCAACAAGAACUUACCAUCAUGAAUAUACAAAUCAUCCUAUUGGACCUUCAGAAGAAAAGUUUCUGGUAUUAAAAAUAGAUUAUAUUUAUAAGAAUUUGAAAGAGGGUUGUAAUACUCGGGCAAAAUAUAAAAAUAAUAAUUUAUCUGAUUUGAUGACAUUAAUAAUAAAAACUGUACAUAAAAGAUGGUUUUCAAACAGAAGUUUAAUAUAUCUAAAACAGCACAUAACACGUCAGAAAAACUCGUUUGAAAUGAAUGUUAUUAAGAGUUAUUUAAAAUAUGGUACAAUUGAAGAAUCUGCUUAUGUAAUUGACAUUAAAGCUCUCUUUGAAGGAAACUGCUUAUACGAGUGUGAUGUUCGAAAGUUUCCAUCAAGUUGGAAAUGUAUCAGAAAUCAAUUAAAGUUGAAAAAAUAGUAAUUUUUUUCUUGGUUAUCAUUCUUGAAGACCAGCCCUUUUAUUUUUAUAAUAAGAAUGUUUAAAAGAAAAAAAAAAUAAUUGAUUAAAAUAUUAUAGAAGUUGUAUGAUAAA